GACUGCCCCAGGAGGAGGUUGGUGGUGCUGAGGUUCAGCUUGCAGGGGGUGAAAGUCUACAGUGCUGAUGGAGAGACGCUGCUGAUGGCACAUGCCCUGCGCCGGAUCCUGUACAGCACAUGGCGACGUGCCGACCGCCAGUUCGCCUUUGUGGCCCGCAACCCCCAUAGCCCCCGCAGCCCCCUCUUCUGCCACCUCUUCGUGGGGCUCCCCGGCGAGGUCCAGACCCUGCAUCUCCUGCUCAGCCGCUGCUUCCAGCUCUGUUACCUCCUGGCUCACCCCGAGGAGCAGGCACCCGACGGGGACCCCGCAGGGCCGGGGGUGCUGCGGGAGCCGCUCAACCCCGAGGAGGUGUCGCGCAACGUCAAUGCUCUGGUGUCCUUCCGACGCCUGCCCGCGCUCGGCUCCAUGGGCGCAGGGGACCGGCAGGCGGAGGGCAGAGCCUGGCGCCCGGGGAACCCCUACUGCUCCCCAGUGCUGGUGCGCAAGAAAGCCAUCCGCAGCAAGGUGCUGCGCUCGGGGGCUUACCGGGACUGUGGGGCUGAGAGCCAGCUCCAUCAGCCGCCCCGUGACACUGCACCAGCGGGAUGGGAGAGCAAAGGGGCGAGGAGCUUCACCUUCCUCCCUGAGAACGAGAGCAUCCUUGCUGAGAGUGUGUGGGGCUUCACCGGCAUCUCCAGGGAUAGUGGGAUCGCGCUGCUGCGGCGCGAUGUGCCCGGCGCCUUCCUGCUGCGCCCCGAGCCCGGGCUGGCCAAGCGCUGGUGCCUGUGGGUGCGGGCGCCUUGUGGCAUCGUCACCUACAGCCUUGUCAGGACGCACCAGGGCAGGUUCUGCGUGGAGCAUUCCAACACCGAGUUCCCCAGCGUGGCCGCACUCCUGGCUCACUACUCCGCCGCACCGGGCGGCUGCUUCUGUCGCCUGGCCCCCGGCCGCCGUAACCCCGGCUACGAGGAGCAGGACCCCGGUGGCGGGGCCAGCGCAUGGGGGGACACUGCCUGGGCCCCCACCGGCCCCAUCGGGGAGCAGCAUGAGCGGGAAAUGGCCUCAGAGGCAGUGAAGGUGAUCGUGCGCUGCCGGCCCAUGAACGGGCGUGAGAGAGCUCUUCACUGCAAGGAGGUUGUGAGCAUGGAGAGCACCCGGGGCCAGUGCUUCCUCCAGAACCCUGCUGCUGCCAGUGAGCCCCCGAAGCAGUUCACCUUCGAUGGGGCGUACUGCCAGGAACACAGCACGGAGCAGAUCUACAAUGAGAUUGCCUACCCACUCGUGGAGGGUGUCACCGAAGGCUACAAUGGCACCAUAUUUGCCUAUGGUCAGACUGGCAGUGGAAAGUCAUUCACCAUGCAGGGAGUUUUGGAGCCUUCUGCACAGAAAGGCAUAAUUCCCAGGGCAUUUGAACACAUUUUUGAGAGUGUGCAGUGUGCUGAAAAUGCCAAGUUCUUAGUGAGAGCUUCCUACCUGGAGAUUUACAACGAAGACAUACACGACCUUCUAGGAGCUGAUACCAAGCAUAAGCUGGAGCUGAAGGAGCACCCAGAGAAGGGGGUGUAUGUGAAGGGGCUCUCUCUGCACACUGUGCACAGUGUGGUACAGUGUGAGCAGCUCAUGGAGACAGGCUGCAGCAACCGUGCAGUGGGUUACACCCUCAUGAAUAAGGACUCAUCCCGGUCCCAUGCCGUCUUCACUGUCAAUAUGGAGAUCUGCACCGUAGAUGAGCGAGGGCUGGAGCACCUCAGGGCUGCAAAACUCAAUUUAGUGGAUCUGGCAGGAAGUGAGAGACAGUCAAAAACUGGAGCCAUGGGGGAGCGGCUCAAAGAGGCCAUCAAAAUCAACCUCUCCCUCUCAGCUCUGGGCAAUGUCAUCUCGGCCCUGGUUGAUGGCAAGUGUAAGCACGUCCCCUACAGAGACUCCAAGCUGACCAGGCUGCUGCAGGACUCCCUUGGGGGGAACACCAAGACUCUGAUGGUUGCGUGCUUAUCUCCAGCUGAUAACAACUAUGAUGAGAGCCUCAGUACAUUGCGCUACGCUAAUCGAGCCAAAAACAUCAAGAACAAGCCCUGUAUCAAUGAGGACCCCAAGGAUACUCUGCUGAGGGAGUAUCAGGAGGAGAUUAAGAAGCUGAAGGCCAUUCUAGCUGAACAGAUGGGCAUGGAUAACUUGGCAGGGCUUCUGCAUGCUGAGACUGCUCACCUGGCAGUGAAGUCACCUCCCCUCUUCAAAACCCAAGUAGAACUUGAAGCAGAGAAGCAACUGAUCAGAGAAGAGUACAACGGGAGACUGGCCCAGCUAAAGGCCAGCUAUGAAGCAGAGCAGGCAUCCCGUGCCCGCCUGGAGGAGGACAUCAGUCGCCUGAAGACUCACUAUGAUCUCAAGCUGUCUGCUCUGGAGGAGAACUUCAGGAAGGAAGCAGCUGCCGCAAGGACUGAAACUGCUUCUGGUGAGCCACCUUUGCCCAAAGACACUGUUGCUGCAGUAGAUGAAGAACCAGCACCCGUCCAGGACCCAGCAGCACCUCAGACUGUCCAAGACACUGGUGGUGUGAGCAGGAGGAGUGCUGCCACAGGGAUGGCUGUCACUGCUGAGGGGAUGGCCCUGUCUGUGGACCAACAGCAGGUUCUUGCCAGGCUGCAGGUGCUAGAGCGACAGGUAGUAGGGGGGGAGCAGGCGAAAAACAAGGACCUCAAGGAGAAGCACAGGCGUCGGAAGAGAUACGCGGAUGAGCGGCGCAUGCAGCUGGUGGCAGCGUUGCAGCAAGCAAGCGAGGACAGCAGUGACUGGGUGCUGCUCACUGUCUAUGACUCCAUCCACGAGGAGGUUCGAGCCAAGAGCAGGCUUCUGGAGAAGAUGCAGAGAAGGCUACAAGCUGCCGAGACCGAGAUCAAAGACCUGCAGUUGGAGUUUGAGCUGGAGAAGAUCGAUUACCUGAGCACCAUCCGCCGCCUGGAGAGAGACCUGAUGCUCAACCAACAGCUGCUGGAUCAGGUGCAGUUGCUUGUCCGCCGUGACUGCAACUACAGCAACUUGGAGAGGAUGAAGCGCGAAUCCAUCUGGGAUGAGGAAACCGGCUGCUGGAAAAUUCCAGAGCCCGUCAUCCACAAAAUCCACUUGCCUGCAGUUCCAGCCCUGCCAUCAUCCAGACUUCCCCAUGACAGCCCGUUGCCUGAGAGCAUACAGCCAGCGCCUGAGGAACACUGCUACAAGCUGGUGCUCAACAGGAGUGACAGUGAGACCAUUGCCUCCAACUACUUCCGAUCGCGGCGCACCAGCGAGAUCCUGCACCCUGACCCAACCCCAACCCGAGCAGCACCGGGGCCCCAAGGGGCUCUGCGUGCCCGGCCCCGACCCUUUCGCCUCCAGGCCCUGGUCUUUGCUCCCACCACCGCCAGCACCAAGAGCAAGAAGGCUUCCGGCGGCCACCGCCACUGCUGACACGGAAGACGCCAAAUCUCUGCGGUUUUGCCCCAGAACGCUCCUGCUGUACCGCAGGGUGCGGGGCACAGGUGAGCUCGCUGUCGCCAUGGACCCUCCCCGCUGCAAUAAACCAGUCUGACACCGCCAUCCGAGCUCGGUCUUUCACUGCGCUCCUGCCUCCUGCCAUGCGGCUCACCGCCGCCGCCGGGCUGUACGGUGGCCGCGCAGGGCUCCCGACGGCGCUCCGCUGAUUGGCCUGCGCCGAGGAGCUGUCUGUCGCUGAUUGGCCUUCGCCAGCGCCGCACCCCGU